AUGGAUCAAUUAAAACCUCUUGUUUUCUGGAGCCACGUCCACGGCCCUAACCCUUGGAAGGUGGCUGUGGUACUCGAAGAUCUAAAAGUUCCAUACGAGACCAAAUUCAUUCAAUUCCCCGAAAUGAAACAGCCCCCCUACGAGAAGAUUAACAUCAAUGGGCGUGUUCCGGCUAUUGAGGACCCCAACACAGGGAUCACUCUUUGGGAAUCAGGCGCUAUUCUCGAGUACCUGGUUGAAACCUACGACAAAGCGAAGACAAUUAGUUUCGCACCUGGCACUUCCGACUAUUUCCAAGCCAAGCAGUUCCUACAUUUCCAAAUGUCUGGACAAGGGCCAUACUUUGGCCAAGCGCUGUGGUUCCACAGGUAUCAUUCUGAAGAGGUUCAUAGCGCGAAGGAACGGUAUCUGAAGGAAGUUCGCAGAGUUUGCGACGUACUGAACCGAUAUCUGGAUGGACGUGAAUACUUGGUUGGUGGAAAAUUCAGUUAUGCGGAUGUUGCGUUCAUUCCAUGGUUCAAGCUUGCCUUUGUCUCUUGGUAUGACACCACCACCCCCGGCGUGUUUGCGGACAAAAUCCAAUUGGGGGAUAAUUUCCCACACGUGGCUGCUUGGCUGAGCAGACUCGAGCAGAGGCCAUCUGUCGCGAAGACUUUUCAAGAUAUUAGAGCUGGACUUUUGACAAAGUAA